GGUCACAUUCAAGAUGACGUUGUUUAAGUUCAUCAAGCGCAUCUUUGUCAUGAUGAGGAGCACAACCAGUGGAAGUGAGAGCACGCAUAGCAUCACCAUAACGACCUUCCUGUGCUAGAUUGAUAGAACGAGUGAUGUUUCUUUUCUUUGUAGAGUUGUUUUGAAAAAUACAAGGAACUGCAUCAUUUCUGGCUUCCCUCCAUAAAUCGACAAGUUGACCUUCUUGCCAGCAAUUUAAACGAGAAGACAAUAAAGAUGAAACAACAUGUCUUUUUUCCUUCCACCCCUAGGGGGUGUUCUAAGAAUGCACUUUGCAAAGAUAAACAGUCUCACAAAGCCCCAAAAUCCAUCCGAAUAUCCAUGCUCGAGUUCAAUAGCCAGCACUUGGGCAAGUAACGGUCUUACAGAUCGAGGAACAUGAGCAACUGAAUACACUGACAGAGUAACAGCUUCAUUCAUGACAGCUUGAAAAAUCCUAUGUUCAUCACUAUCCGGGCAGACAAGUGAAGCAGCGGCAAAAGCUCCUCCUCAUCGUGUGAUUCAUGUGCAUUUAGCUCAGUGGCUGCGUGGAAGAGCCUGGCUUGCGAGGCUACAGGGAAUCCACGAGACGAAGCAGUCAUGUUAGGAAACUACUUGGAUUCACUUGGUUUGACCAUCAGACCCCUGCAUCUCGGCUUUCCUGCUCCUUGCGUACGACAACAGUAUUUCCGGUGACGAGAAUAUGCAAAGCCACACAUAGAGCAGACAUUUCGUUGUGAACAUCAAGAAAGCCGUAAUACAACACCAAUUACCAAACCGCAAGUUAAUUAAAUUAUUUGGCAAUCUUCUUUCUUCCAUUGUCAUGUCUCCUACAGAGUGAUACUGAAGAGCUAACUAUAAGACUAAAGUGAAUAUAAUGAAGUAAGUGAGAUGCUAAAUUGAUGACAGUUGUCUUCCUCUGUUCCCUGGUAGAAUCGUUUGCCCAUCCAUGAUUUGGAUUAUUCGAUUGAAAAAGGAAUCUGUAUUGUAAGUCAUCCAAGACUAUCUAUUUUCUAGAAACCUGAUCAUUUGUCUGUCUUCCUAAGCUUUCUACUGAAAUUUCAGUGCCACCGGGCAGCUCGUGUCUUGAUCUUUCAACACAUAAGUAAGCAAGAACAAACUUAAUUAAUUGAUUGUAGCCCACACAGCAAUAAUACCAACGCAGUUGUGUUCAUUCCUCGAAUGGGGUCCUACCACCAAAAUGAAGACUGACGCAAGUGAACAAAGUGGCCAAUGCCAUGAUGGCGCCCACUCAACAAAUGACAACCUCUUUUUCUUGUUCCUUUGCGCCAGCCAGACAUCUGGGAUGUAUACAGGUAGGAUGAUCUACAGCAGGAUCUCCUAAUUCCCACACACUGAUGCUAGCUGUUGGCGGAUUAUUGUAAUAUAUCUAAUUUUAUGCUAUAAAUUAGAGAAUUUCUGUGAUUGUAGGCGUUUUCACUAGACAGGCAUUUGUAACAUACAUGUACAAUACUAGCUAAACUAGAGUCAUCUAUUACUGUCGGGGAGUGUGUACUGAGAAAAUUACUGUUCAUAAUUUUACGUCAACGACGAGCGUGCGCAAUUGUACACACUUAGGACCUACGGCCGGGAGAGUCAUAAAAUACCAUGUCGAUUUACGAAGGUGCAGGCCAGUAGAGUAGGCACACGUACUGUAUAUUAAUAUUACAGUAAUUUAGGACUUGACCCCUGGACAAAGUUACGACUACCAGGUAGAAAGCAAUAGCCAACAAAGUCAAGUUUAUUCAUUUACUGCAAUGAGAACUGACAAGGACUGGGUCCCUCAGUUCAUUUUCUAUGGUGAUAUGGGACGUCAUGGCGGUGCUCCCAUUUUGCCUCAUUUGAAGCUUGAAGUGAAGACACCACCGAAUGCUGCAAUUUUUCAUGUUGGAGAUUUUGCUUAUGACUUAAGCUCAGAAGGAGGAAUAAACGGUGACGAAUUUAUGAACAGAAUCCAAGACAUUGCAGCUGUAGUUCCAUACAUGACAGCUGUCGGUAAUCAUGAGAUAAAUUACAACUUUAGCCAUUAUUUGAAUCGUUUCACAAUGCCAACAAAUGGCAAUGGAUUUUGGUACAGCAUCAAUAUUGCCAACAUACACUUCAUAAGCUAUUCAACAGAAGUAUACUUCACUAAUGGGCCAGUGGCUGAGCAACUAUUGUGGCUGAAGCAAGAUCUCAAUGAAGCUAACAGAAAUCGUGACAAGCAACCUUGGAUAAUUGCUUUUGGUCAUCGCCCAAUGUACUGCUCAAACCUUGAUGGAGAUGACUGUACAACAAGCCAUUCUGUUGUACGUGCUGGUUUGGAAUCUGUAUUUUAUGAGAAUGGUGUGGAUGUCAUCAUUCAAGGUCAUGAACAUUCGUAUGAACGGCUAUGGCCUGUAUACAAUGAAACAGUAACAGCAAAGAACUACAUUAAUCCCAAAGCUCCAGUACAUAUCAUCUCUGGGGCAGCUGGAUGCAGUGAAGUAUAUGAUCUCUGUGUAGAUCCAAUGCUUGGACCUAGAGGUCCUUGGUCUGCAUUUCGCUCUUGGUUGCCCGGUCUGUAUGGAUACGGACUCUUGAAAGCGCCUAAUGCAACCCACUUGUACUUUGAACAGAAGUUGGAAUUCUUGGGGUUGCGUGAGGAUGCGUUCUGGAUUGUGCAGAAUAACCAUGGUCCGUUUGUGCAAGUAAACUGAUACCAAAGGAUAUCUACUAUCAUGUAGAAAUUUUGACCUGUUUUCAUCAUAUCUUAACACUGUUUUAUUGCUUUCAAUGAGCAAAAUGCUCAUUAUUAUUAAUAUUGUUUAAUUUGUUUUCAUUGUUGUUAUUAUUAUUAAUUAAUAGCUGUCGUGGCAUAGCAAGUUUUCAGUUGGGGUAACACGUUGAAUGGAGACUUACCGGUUUCGUUUGCUCACCAUGACGCUGAACGCCUUGGCAAACACGUUUUAAACUGUCAAUAUAAACGUAUUUUAGAGAAAACGGGAUUGUUGUAUGUGGCAUGUGUGACAUUUUCUUACAGAAAUAUUUCAAUUGGCAAUUGCUCUGUUCAAAGCCGCAUAUGAUUUCUGCUCCACAAUGUCUUGCAAGGAGUGCACUGCGAGGAGAACU